GAAACGUACCAAGAACACGUGCGUCAUCUCCAGCAGGUGCUGGGAAUCCAUGACGUCACCCUUAUACAACGGUUACUCUCUGUCACACGAAAUAUUCUACCUGCAGAUUGGAAGACAGUUUGGUUGUGGGGCUGAGAUGGAAAUGAGACGUUUGGCCGCUGGUCAAGAGUCCAUAGAGAAAAUGCAUGACGAUUUUUGUGCCAAUAUGCUGAACGAGGCCACUAUUAUUGCUAAGGAGGGCUUCCCCGAGCACAAACAGGAUCUGUUUAUGGAGCAAGCGGCCUUGUGUGGAAUGCUGGGAUACCGACAAUUCUUUACCUCUGAUUGGCUAGAAAAAAUCCUGAGUUGGCAGGACCAAAUAACCGGAUGUUACAAAGGGAAUCCAGUAAGGGAGACGGAUGUCGCCGUUACCGACCUGUCUCACCCUGUCCACGAACUGACCCGCCCAAGAGUCCGAGCGCCACACCUCGGAUAA